AUGGGGAUGAAGAAGUCCCAGAAAUCUUGGAUUGAAGGCAUCUUCUGUAAAAGAGAGUGUGCAAAGAUCAUACCGAGUUCCAGAGAUCCACACAGAUGUUCCACUGGAUGCCAAAUCUGCCAAAACUUAAUCCGAUGUUGCUGUGGACGGCUGAUUGGAGACCAUCCUGGGAUAGAUUAUAGUUGGCUUGCCUGCCAGUCUGUGAAGGAGAAAGAGGAAUGGUCUGUUCAAAAGCACACAGAGGCAAGCCCAACUGAUGCCUUUGGUACUAUCAGUUUCCAAGAUGGCGAUCAUACAUACCAUGCCAAGUAUAUCAGAACUACUUAUGACACCAAGCUGGAUCAGUUGCUGCAACUGAUGGUGAAAGAAUGGCAGAUGGAACUACCAAAACUGGUAAUUUCUGUUCAUGGUGGUAACCAAAACUUCAAGCUUCCAUCUAAGCUUAAGCAGCUUUUCAGCAAAGGCUUGGUCAAAGCUGCUGAGACUACAGGGGCAUGGAUAUUAACAGAAGGCAUCAAUACUGGAGUGUCCAAGCAUGUGGGUGAUGCACUGAAGGUUCAUGCUUCUCAGCAUUUAAGAAAGAUCUGGGCUGUUGGAAUCCCUCCCUGGGGUAUCAUUGAGAACCAAAAGGACCUCAUUGGGAAAAAUGUAGUCUGCCUGUAUCAGACUUUGAGCAAUCCACUCAGUAAGCUGAGCACCCUCAAUAGUAUGCAUUCACAUUUCAUACUGGCUGAUGAUGGGACAGUGGGCAAGUAUGGUAAUGAGAUGAAACUCAGGAGGAAUCUGGAGAAAUACCUUUCUCUUCAGAAAAUCCAUACUAGAAUGGGACAAGGAGUGCCCUUAGUUGGGCUACUGGUGGAAGGUGGUCCAAAUGAGAUCCUGACAGUGUGGGAAUAUCUGAAGGAAAAACCUGCUGUCCCUGUAGUCGUGUGCGAGGGAACUGGAAGAGCUGCUGAUCUCAUUGCUUUCAUGCACAAGCACACUGCUGAUAUGACGGAUCUGACCUCUCAGUUCAAGGCAGAAAUAUUACUAAUGAUUCAGAACACCUUCAGUUUUGGCCAAAAGCAGACCCAUCACCUAUUUAAAAUUUUAAUGGAGUGUAUGGAACACAGGGAUUCUAUAACUGUAUUUGAUGCAGAAUCAGAAGAGCAUCAGGACACUGAUUUGGCAAUUCUAACUGCACUUUUAAAAGGGACCGAAAUGUCUGCUCCAGAUCAGCUCAAUCUGGCACUGGCUUGGAACAGACUGGACAUUGCAAAGAAGCAUAUAUUGGUCUAUGGCCAGCACUGGAAGGUUGGCUCUCUUGAGCAGGCAAUGUUGGAUGCUUUGGUAAUGGACCGUGUGGAAUUUGUGAAGUUGUUAAUAGAACACGGAGUGAAUCUUCACCGUUUUCUUACAAUAUCCCGAUUGGAAGAACUGUACAAUACUAAACAAGGUCCAACCAAUCAACUUCUGCAUCAUCUUGUCUGUGAUGUGAAACAGAGUACUCUUCCCGCAGACUAUAAAAUAUCACUGAUAGAUAUUGGUCUGGUAAUAGAAUAUUUGAUUGCGGGAGCUUAUCAAAGCAGCUACACAAAAAAACAUUUCAGAGUUCUGUACAAUAGCCUUUACCAGAAACAUAAGCACAUUUCUAGCUUUGUCUCAAGCUUGCCUCCGAACCUCUCCCUUCAUCGUAUGGGAAGCAGAAGUGGAUCUGCUGAAAAUACGUUGCAUUCCCAGUUUAUCAGAACAGCACAGCCUUACAAAUACAAAGUAUUAAUAAGAGAUCAUACUGUUCUGGAUCGUUCUCAAAUGGAGGAGGACAGGAUCACGAAGAUGGGGCUGAAAAAGAAGGACCCAGUUAAAGACAAGCCUCUCCUGCCUGAAGCUUUGGGCACUGGAGAUGGGCUGGGAAAGGAACCAGUGUCCUUAGCUGCUGCUAUGGGCAAGGCAGGUGAGUUUGGGCAGCUUGCUCUAGAUGUGUUGGAUAAUGCAUUCAAACAGAAUGAGCAGAUGGCCAUGAAGCUGCUGACAUAUCAGCUGAAGAACUGGAGUAAUUCAACUUGCCUGAAGCUGGCUGUGUCAGCGGGUUUACUGCCUUUUGUGUCUCACACAUGCACACAGAUGCUCUUGACCGACAUGUGGAUGGGGCGCCUGAAGAUGAGGAAGAACUCCUGGCUUAAGGUAAUUCUGAGUAUUCUUUUACCGCCCACUAUUUUGACGCUGGAAUUUAAAAGCAAGGCUGAAAUGUCUCAUGUACCUCAAUCACAAGAUUUCCAUCAGUUCACAUGGUACCAUGGUGAUCCUAGCAUCUCCACUGGAAAAGAACAUCCCUCAUUGAAUGAUUAUGAUUUAGAGAAAGGGAAGGAGAAGCAAGAUGAAAGACAGUCUUUUCCUAUCAACAAUGAACAGGGAAACCUUCCUGGAACCAGGAAAAUCUACGAAUUCUACAGUGCCCCAAUUGUCAAGUUCUGGUUUCACACGAUGGCCUAUUUAGCAUUCCUCAUGCUGUUCACUUAUACUGUCUUGGUGAAGAUGGACUCGACACCCAGUGUGCAGGAGUGGCUUGUCAUCAUCUACAUUUUCACCACCUCCAUUGAGAAAAUCAGAGAGGUAUUCAUUUCUGAACCAGGAAAGUUCAGCCAAAAGGUGAAAGUCUGGAUUUAUGAGUACUGGAACUUUACAGAUUCUGUUGCUAUCAUCUUAUUUAUGACUGGUUUUGGCUUGCGCUGGGCAAAUCCUCCAUUUCAUACAGCCGGAAGGUUGAUCUACUGCUUGGACAUAAUAUUCUGGUUUGUCCGACUCCUUGAUUUCUUUGCUGUGAAUCAGCAUGCAGGACCAUAUCUAACAAUGAUAGGGAAAAUGACAGCGAACAUGUUUUAUAUUGUAAUUAUGAUGGCCAUAGUAUUGUUGAGUUUUGGUGUGUCUCGGAAAGCGAUACUUUCACCUCAUGAACAGCCAUCAUGGACUUUGGCACGAGAUAUUGUAUUUCAACCUUAUUGGAUGAUGUUUGGCGAAGUGUAUGCAGGAGAAAUUGAUGCUUGUGAAUUAAGUCCAGACUGCCCUCCAGGUUCCUUCCUUACACCGUUCCUUCAGGCAGUCUACCUAUUUGUACAAUAUAUAAUUAUGGUCAAUCUUCUUAUUGCUUUCUUUAAUAAUGUUUAUUUUGAUAUGAAAUCCAUAUCAAACAAGCUCUGGAAAUACAACCGUUACCGCUACAUAAUGACCUACCAUGAAAAGCCAUGGCUGCCUCCACCUUUCAUCAUUCUGAGCUAUACUGGCCUUUUUCUGAAAUGCCUCUGCCACCGUCGGCCACCAAAUGAAUUUGAUCAAGAAGAGAGAGGUGUUGAACUGAAGCUCUAUCUGAGUGAUGCAGAGUUAAAAAAACUUCAUGAUUUUGAAGAGCAGUGUGUGGAAAAUUACCUCCAUGAGAAGAAUGAACAUCUAUACUCCAGUGACUGUGAAAGGAUCCGUGUAACAACUGAAAGAGUUGAAGAGAUGUUUUUGCAGCUGAAGGAGGUACACGAGAAAGUAUGUUACAUCAAAGAUGCUUUGCUUGCACUAGACAGUCAGCUGGGACAUUUACAAGACCUCUCUGCUUUAACUGUUGAUACUCUGAAAGUAAUUUCAGCUGUGGACACGCUGCAAGUAGAAGAGGCUUUUCUUGCUGAUACAAAGCACCAAAGCUAUAGAAAGCUUCCCCAUAGCUGGAGUAAUGUCACAUAUUCCAAGGCUUUCAGCAGUCUGGAAUGUCUGAAUGAUAAAAAGUACAAUUACUUCAGUGUGCCACCUUCCUUCCUGAGAAGCUUGGCAAGGAACCAGUGGCCCUCCGAGAGUCAUCAUGAUCUUGAUGCAAUAGACUACAAUGAGAUUAAAUCAAUAGACAAACAUCAGGAACAGGUGACAGAAAAUGACACUCUAAUCUCUGGGGUAUCUUCAGAGAGCAAAUCAGCUCCUAGACAUGGACAAUUUCUUUUGGUUCCUUCUGAUCAGCAAGUUGGAGUCUCUUUCUUUGAAGAUGCUGGCUUGAGUUCGUCAUUUUCAAGUACUCUGAAUGAGCUCAGAGGAGAUGAACUGAGAGCCAAACCCCACAACAAGCAUUUCAGCUCUACUGCUCAUCUGAAUGUACACAGUACUGAUAUUGUUGAAAGAGAGCCCAUUAUCCAUCAAAGGCAGGAACUGGACUCUGUUAUUUUUCUGUCAGCCAAGAAAGGUGGUGAAACCAUAGCUAAACAUUAUUUAGCUGCCAAAACUCCUAGCAUUGUCAGCAACAUCUCUCUACUAUCUCACCACCAGCAUGAGGAACCAGGAGGAGGUUACGUGAAUUGGGGGUUUGCAGAAGAGGAUGAAAAGAGUGGCUUUAGCAGCCAGUCAAGACAGCCAUCCAGCAUGCAUUCUGCCCUCAACAAGGACUACAACUGUAGUUUGCAGCAUGUGAAGUUAAAGGAAUCCAAAUCGUGCUCCUACAGUUCUGACAGAUAUGAACUAUCAAAAUCUACUGAGCUUUGUAAAUCAGUCUGGGCAAAAGCAAAACUUGGAAGCAGAGACAGGAAAUCUUGGAAAAAGAAACAGAAAUCUCUUCAGGUGCCGGUGAUAACAGUAGAUGAUUGUCCCCAGGGCACCCAAGCUAGUUCAGAACCAUUUGACAAUAGGUUUUUGAGAGAAGAACAAGAAAAGAGGACCGACAGGCUAACCAUGCCCAGCUUCAAUCAGCUAGAUUUGGAUCAUAUCGGUUGCAUGCAUCAGAAAAUGAAAAAUCAAGGAACUGCUAAACACACAGUGCAAAUUUGUGACUAUUUGAGGCAAUCACAAGAGGAUUUAAAUAACAGUACAAUUUGGACUUACAGGAGGAAUAACUUGAGCAGGAAUCCAUCGGCUGGCAGCAGUCUAGGGUUGCCAGAAAUCUCAUCCUCUUUAAAAAACCCUCAAGAUCUGCACCAUCAUUACUCAGCUGUUGAAAGGAACAAUUUAAUGAGAUUAGCUCAAACGAUACCUUUUACACCAGUGCAGCUCUUUGCUGGUGAAGAAGUGACAGUAUAUAAAUUAGAAGAGAGUUCACCUUCGAACCUUGAUAAAAGCAUGUCAACAUGGUCACAGCAUGGCAUGGCUGCUAUGAUUCAAGUAUUGUCUCGGGAGGAAAUGGAUGGAGGGCUGAGGAGGGCUAUGAAGGUUGUCUGCACCUGGUCCGAGAAUGAUGCACUAAAGUUAGGCCAAGUCUUCAUUGUGAAGUCUUUCCUUCCUGAGGUAGUUAAGACUUGGCAAAAGAUCUUCCAUGAGGACACAAUACUCCAUCUUUGCCUCAGAGAAAUACAACAGCAAAGAGCAGCUCAGAAGUUGAUAUAUACAUUCAACCAAGUGAAGCCUCAUACCAUUCCAUAUACUCCAAGGUUUCUGGAUGUCUUUUUAAUAUACUGUCAUUCAGCAAAUCAGUGGCUAACAAUAGAAAAGUUCAUGACGGGAGAGUUCCGCAAGUAUAACAACAACAAUGGGGAUGAAAUCACACCUACUAAUUUGCUUGAAGAAGUCAUGCUGGCUUUUUCUCAUUGGACUUAUGAAUAUACCCGAGGAGAACUCCUUGUACUGGAUUUGCAAGGUGUUGGAGAGAACCUUACUGAUCCAUCUGUUAUUAAACCUGAAGACAAACAUGCUAAAGGGGUCACAUUUGGACCAGCAAACCUUGGGGAGGAAGCAAUAAAAAAUUUCAUAUCAAAGCACCACUGUAACUCCUGUUGCAGGAAACUCAGACUUCCAGACUUGAAAAGAAAUGACUAUACACCUGGAAGAUUCAGUCCAGAUUUUGAAGCUGAAACAGAAGCAAUAGCAGCAGCAGGAGGUGAAGCUGUUAAGAAUAGCGAUGAUGAACCUUUGGAAUAUAAUACACGAUUGUGA